AUGUGGACACGCACCAGAAUCACCGAUGAGGAGGAGCUUUACCAGGAGAUCGUAAUGAGGCUGAGGCAUCGUGUGAUCCUAGACGACGGCAGGCCGUGCCAGUGCACGUACGUGCAGUAUGUGAGGGGCAUGAUCUUCAGUGUAGCUAGUGUCUACGUAGUUGGGGUGCCGGGCGGCAUUCGUGACAUACACACACGAGGCGCGUCGCGUCUUUUGUCUACCGAGAAGGAAAAGAGUGCGCGUCCCGAGACUGGCCAAGCCACACAGACAGGCACGGAGCACAGCUCGCAACGACCUGAUCCGCCCUACACGAGCUCGGUCUCCGAAGCCGCUGCUGCGGCGAAUGCCGAGCCGCUGCCGUUCCUGUCACAGCCUCUGGGUGUUCCCAAGCGACCUACGUCGGAAAGCCCGUCGUGGGGCGAGAAGCAUGCGGAAUGGUUCAAUCGCGAUGCGCGGCUCGCUAAGCGGCGCAUGAUGUACAAAUCACUGUACUUCCCAGAUAUCGCCGGCACUUGUCUCGCCGACAAGAGCAAAAAGCACACGGCGGACAUGCUGUAUGACCGCGUAUCGAUCGUGGCGAUGCUCACGUCCAAAGUGUCCGAGGAAAACUCGCUCAAGGCCUACCUACUCUCGCUCUUUGUCUCGUCGCUGCGCGCCCAUAUCCCGACGGAGCUGCAGUCGACGUACCUGCUGAGUCACCAGAGCAUGGAUCUGGUGCGCGACGCCAUGGGGCUCCACAACAAGCAUGUGGGCUAUACCUAUCUGGUCGGACCAGACGGCAAGAUCCGCUGGGCUGGCAGUGCCUUUGCCGAGCCGGACGAGGCGCGCGCGCUCGUCGCCGACGUGCCGCACGCCAUGGAGCGUGUCCAGUACUCGCUGGAGCGCUCGCUCCCGCAGCUGAAGCUGCUUGAUGAGCAUGCCAUCCUGUCGAAGGAAGAGCUGCGCUCUGUGACGAGCCAGCGCCAAGACUUUGAGGCGCGGCUCAUCCGCCGCCAGGCCGAGAAGGCCGACUUUGUGCGGUACUUGGACUUUGAGUCGGACCUUAACUCGCUCAUUGUGCUGCGCGCGCGCGAGCGUGCACGCGAAGCGGCGGAGCGUGUGCGGGCAGGCGACGAAGAUGCACGCUCACGCCUGCUGCCCCGCACCUUCUUCGCGAAGCAGUCCGCGAGCUAUUCGGCGCAGUGCGUGGCGAUCUUUGAGCGCCUCGUGCGCAAGUUCCGCUGGGACGUCGACGCGUGGAUCCGUUACCUGUCGUGGGCGAAGGGGCGCAAGAUGCGCGUCGUCGCCGGGCGCGUCUAUGCACGGGCGCUGGCCCUGCACCCAUCGCGCCCCGACCUGUGGCUCUCCGCGGCCGAUUACGAGCUGAACAGUCAUGCCGAUACGACGGCAGCGCGUGCGCUGCUCCAGCGCGGCCUACGCAUGAACCCCUUGGUCGAUGCCCAGGCCGAGGAGUCGCGUGGCCUGAAGCGGGCCCGCACCCACAGCGGCGCUCGCACAGCGCGCGAACCAGGCGCGCUCCGCUGGCAGCUCACGGACUACGAGCAGGACGUGCUUCGGCUCUGGGUCGAGUACAUGCGCAUGGAGCUCGUGUUUGUCGAGCGCCUGCGCCGCCGCUGGCGCGUGCUGGGCCUGGACAGUGGCGAUAUGCCUGCGGCGCCUGCGUCCGGCUCACUCGACGAGGCGCAGCGCGCCGCGCAGUCCGUCGCACCCGAGGAGCCGUCCGAUGACGACGAAGAGGCCGCGGCUGCCGAGGCGGCCGUCGACGCCGAUGUACCAGCGGCCGACGAGGUGGACGAGGACGCGCCUGCGCCGCACGUCGCGCCCGUGCGUCCUGCGGCCGGCCUGGCCGUGCCUGCGGGCCACCAGCAGAUUAUGAGCGGCUCUAUUCCCUUGGUCGUGCUGGAGCAUGCGAAGAGCAGCCUGCCGCCAAGCGUGCAGCUCUACUUGUAUGUGGCUCUCCUCGAGCUGUUCAGUGCCUUUCCGUUCAUGGACUCGACGGUCGUCCAGAGCCGCGGCCAGGUUUUGUGCCUGCGCACCUCGAAGGGUGUGUGUGGCUCGGGCGACCGGCUGCGUGCGCGGCUCAUGCAGCGUGUGCUGGACGCGAUGCAGGCGAUGCAGGAGGCAUGGGACGCCGCUGGUACCCUCGCUGCCUAUGUCAUGGCCAGCGUAUACCCACUGUACCACUCCCUCUCGGCGGCGGAGCCGGCACCACGCGACGAUCAGGCGCGCCCUGCCUCGCAGGCCGAGCGGGAAUGGGAAGACAAUGCGUAUCUGCACGGCGCGAGUCAGCUAUGUGCGACAUACUCGCCUGUCCUCGAUGGACUGUACGCGUGUGCGGCGGUGCCGGAGACACUGCGCCACGACCUGACGGCGGCCGGCCCGUACGGCCCGUGGUACCUGUGCCGCCCCGUCUGGUUCCUGCUGCAAGUGCUGAGCCGCCGCCUCGUGGUGUGCGACGAGGCCGGGGAUGAGCCGGCGCCUGGGGCCCCCGCGGACGCGGCAUGGCGCCCGACGCCGUAUCUGACGAUGCUCAUGCAGUCCGGCGACCUGCCGACGCUGGUCCAGGCCGCCGUGACGCACUUCCGGACGGCCGAGCCGACGGACGAUCCGCGCAUGCUUGCCUUCCACACGGCGCUGCAGUGCCUGCGCACGCCCAGCCGCAGCGGGAUCGACGAGCCGAACCUGCUGGCGUACCUGGAGCGCGUGAGUGCCCGGCAGGAGGCCCCGUUGGCCCGCCACGUGCCGUGGAUCGCUGUCGAGGGACUUGCGCGCCGCCUCGCUGCGAACGAACUGUCGUGGAGCGACGUCGAGGCACUCGUGGAUGCGCACGCUGCCGACCCACGCGCAUGGCUCCUGUACGAGCGGGCGGCGCGGCAAGGGACGACGACAGCGUCGCCCCUUUUGUUCUCGUGGUCGGACGAGGCGGCUGAGGCGCCUGCGCACAAGGCGUGGCUCCAGAUGCUCGAGCGGUGCACGCAGGCCGCGCACUUUCAGGACGACGCCACGGCGCCUGCGUGGGGCCUGCUGUCGGCGUGGAUGCACACGCCGGUGUCUGAGCCCAUCGACCUGUCGUACGUGUCGCCCACGGCAGCGCGACGCGCGCUGUGGCGCGAGUACCUGGACUGGGUGCAGGACGCCGCGCUGGCCGCGCCGUCGGAGCGCACACGCGAGGCGGCUGAGUGGGCAUGGGCCUUGUACAAGGAGGCCGUGCAAAAGACAGGCGCGGUGCUUGCGUCGUCCAAGCUUGUGGGCGCGGCGCGUGACAAUGCGCAGGCGCUGCAUGACCAUGUGGUGGCGCGUUUCCUGGCGCUGAGCACGUCCGUGCCGGCGCCGACGGCGCAAGGCCGUGCGGAGGGGGGUCGUGAUGCGCCGCUGACGUACGUGUUGGCGUCCAGCUCGGCGAGCGCGGCGUGCUGGCUAGACCUGGCGCAGGCGGCGCAGGUGGAUGCGCAUGCAUCCGAGCCAGAUGCGCCGCUCCUUGCACGCAUCGCGCAGCUGUACAAGCGCGCCAUCGACCAGGCGGAGCGCGAGCGCGACUUGACCAUGGUGACUACGGCCUGGCUCGCGUACUUGGGCUAUCUGGUGCGUGCGCGCCGCGACAUGGCGGGUGCGCUGCGUGAGUUGCCGACUGCAACGACGCGCAUCCGGACGCUCGGCGGCGACGAAGCGGUAGUGGCGUUCGAGGCGGCGUGGCGCGCCGCCCACGCCGCCCAGACGUAG